UACUCUGUCUAUGCUGGGAGAAAUCUGUAGAUAUCAAGUUUGAUAUUUGAAAUGUGCACUUUGGCAGACCUCCAUCUAAAGGUGUAUUUUUUAUGAAGGAUAAAGAGCAGCUGAUUAUACUCACAAAAACCCCAGAGGAAACAGACUCUGUUGAUGGUAACUGCCUACAGUGGAGCAGGAAGAGCUCAAGUUUCCCUCUCCCUCCAACCUUUGCUCUGAUAAUUACCAACCAAGCCCUACCAACAAUAUUUCAUUUGAUGAACCAGCAAAGGAAAAGGAAGCGCAGGGCACUUCCCACGAGGGUGGGGGAAAGAGGUUCUGUGAGCUUUCCCUACUGAUUAGAGCUGGGAAAGUUGAUCUCUUUUCAUGCUGUAGAUGAGGCAUGCUGCAGUCACGCCUCCCGCUGCCAGCCCAGCACCGGGAUCUUAAUCAGUCACUAUGAAAACUCAUUAGCUCCACAGCAAUGAGUCCUCCACUGCUGAAGCUUGGCGCUGUGCUUAGUACCAUGGCAAUGAUCUCAAACUGGAUGUCCCAAACUCUCCCAUCCUUGGUAGGACUGAACACCACGAGGAUGUCGACGCCAGAUACCUUAACCCAGAUUAGUCCCAAAGAAGGGUGGCAAGUGUACAGUUCAGCACAAGACCCUGAUGGACGAUGCAUUUGCACAGUGGUGGCUCCAGAACAAAACCUGUGUUCCAGGGAUGCCAAAAGCAGGCAGCUUCGCCAACUUCUGGAAAAGGUUCAGAACAUGUCCCAGUCUAUUGAAGUCUUAAACUUGAGAACUCAGAGAGAUUUCCAGUAUGUUCUAAAAAUGGAAACCCAAAUGAAAGGGCUGAAGGCCAAGUUUCGGCAGAUUGAAGAUGAUCGGAAGACACUAAUGACCAAGCAUUUUCAAGAGUUGAAAGAGAAGAUGGAUGAACUCCUGCCCUUGAUCCCAGUCCUAGAACAGUACAAAACAGAUGCCAAGUUAAUCACCCAGUUUAAAGAGGAAAUCCGGAAUCUGUCUGCUGUCCUCACUGGGAUUCAAGAGGAAAUAGGUGCCUAUGACUACGAGGAACUGCACCAGAGGGUGCUUAGCCUCGAGACCAGGCUUCGUGACUGCAUGAAAAAGCUGACAUGUGGCAAAUUGAUGAAAAUCACAGGCCCAAUUACAGUCAAGACAUCUGGAACCCGAUUUGGUGCUUGGAUGACGGAUCCUUUAGCAUCUGAAAAAAAUAACCGAGUCUGGUACAUGGACAGUUAUACUAACAAUAAAAUUGUUCGUGAGUACAAAUCAAUUGCAGACUUUGUCAGUGGGGCUGAAUCAAGGACAUACAACCUCCCUUUCAAAUGGGCGGGAACUAACCAUGUUGUCUACAACGGCUCACUCUAUUUUAACAAGUAUCAGAGUAACAUCAUCAUCAAAUACAGCUUUGAUAUGGGGAGAGUGCUUGCCCAACGAAGUCUGGAGUAUGCUGGUUUUCACAAUGUUUACCCCUAUACAUGGGGUGGAUUCUCUGAUAUCGACCUAAUGGCUGAUGAAAUUGGGUUGUGGGCUGUGUAUGCAACUAACCAGAAUGCAGGCAAUAUUGUCAUCAGUCAACUUAACCAAGAUACCCUGGAGGUGAUGAAGAGCUGGAGCACUGGCUAUCCUAAAAGAAGUGCAGGGGAAUCUUUUAUGAUUUGUGGGACACUAUAUGUCACCAACUCCCACUUAACUGGAGCCAAGGUGUAUUACUCAUAUUCCACCAAAACCUCUACAUAUGAGUACACGGACAUUCCUUUUCAUAACCAAUACUUUCACAUAUCCAUGCUUGACUACAAUGCAAGAGAUAGAGCUCUUUAUGCCUGGAACAACGGUCACCAGGUCCUGUUCAAUGUCACACUUUUCCACAUCAUUAAGACUGAGGAUGACACAUAAGCAAAUGUAAUUUGUUUUCAUUUAUCUAAACAGUGUCAUUUGUGAUAAACUCUAUAGAAUCCCUUCUGUUGUUCCUUUAUUAGAACUUCUCAUCAUUUCUCCAAAGCAUUUUUUUAUUAUCAAGUUGGUUUUUCAAAAAUACAGCUGAGCCUGUCUAAAUCAGCCUGUUGGAAACACAUCUUAACUCCUAAAUUUACAGGGCCUAUCAUGUCCUUGUCAUGAAAAGCACUAAAAAGAGUUUAAAUGGCUAAAGUCAUAGUUUUGCAAAAGAUUAAUGAUCUGCCUUAUAUUAGAGUCAGAGACUAAUGAUGGCUUAAAUGCAUGAAUGUUUUUUUUUUUUUAAUCGUCAUUUUUUACUGUCUUUUGCUCUACAUCAGGAAAUAUUUUGGUAGGAAUUAGGGGAAAAAAAGCACUUUCCUCCCAUUUCUAAAAAAGAUUUAAGGAUUUUAUUUAUAUGGAAAAAUUAUAGUACUCAUUUUGCUGUUCUAGAAUUCUCUGAUGCGGUGCUGUACAGUCAUUUUUAAAUCUCUUGCUAACAUUUUAUUGGCAAUAUGUAUUUCUACCAUUGCAACCACCAUUGUGCAAUUGUAUCUCUUCACUUCUGUGAAAGUAAGUAAUAUUUUUUAUAAAAUACACUGAAGUUUAAUCUCAGUAAUUAUUAUGGGCCAAUUUUCAAGUGUGGUCAAGAAGGAAACAUCUUCAACUUAACCCUUUAUUUAAAACUAUAAACCAGAAGAAAAAAAAAUCAAACUAAAUCCCUUACGUAGAAUAUUUAUAUUACCCCAGGUUUAUCAGACCACUAACACUGAAUGCUAAAUCUGAUUCCGUAAGGAUGAGUUACUCUGUUCACUUCACUGAAAGCAACCCUUAUUGUCGCUCGCAAAAAAUGCAACAGAGUCAGAAAAUUUGGAUUUGACUGGAUUUUACUCAUUUAUUAUUCAACUAAACAAAUUUUGUUCUUCCUAAUAUAUAGUGUUGUAACUUAAGUUUUUACACACAACUUGCAACUUGUGUCAGGAAUCUGAAAGUACAUGAAGCACAUAAAAAAGACUCUUAGAAAGAAACUUCCUGUGAUGUCAUCUAGAUUUACAUUAUGAGCUGUAGAGGGUUACUGGCAAUAUCAGUGUGAAAAAAAAUAGCAAGACUUGGAAGUUGUCUGUGCGGUUUAAAUGUACAAAAAAAACAAUUCAGAAAACAAGAUGAGAAAGCAACCCUCUGUUACCCUGAUUCGCUAUGUGUGCAAAAUAAUGUAACCAAAAAAGAAAGCUUUAGUAAUAUUUUAUGUUAAUAAUUCCAAAAACAUAAUCAGUAUUUAUCACACAUUUCACUGAGUUUGGACGUACUUUCCAUAUAUUAAGAAUACUUACCUAAGUCAGUUUUGCAGAAACUAGUGUGGGUUGGUUUCAUAACUUAAAAAGUAUAUUCUAUAACAAAUAAUGUAUAACUUAAAUUGUGGUAAAUGUUUAGUUUCACACGUACAUACUAACAACUUUCUUUUAAAGUAAGGAUAUAAUAAUUCAGAUAAAGCACUGUGUAAAAAAAAUGCUAACACUUAAGAGUAAUUCAUUUCAAAUGUCACAAAUAAAACAUACUUCUCAAAUAUCUCACUGUCAAGGUCAUAGGAUUAAAUAACUCACUCUCGAGACUGUGAAAGUUUAGCAAAGAUUUCUUUUCCUUUUUGCCUAUAAAAAGUUAGCAUGACUUAGUGACCACUCGGGUCCUUUUGCAAGGUUGUCUUCUCUUUCAAAAUGUUUAUAUGAGUUCUCCUCUGUUUUUGAGAGUUAGAAAAUUUAGGGGAUUCACUUGCCAUUGUAUACACAUCACAAAUAUAAUCAGCCAGUACUUUGUAUAUCAAGAGUUUGUAUGAAGAAAGUCAAUUUCAAAAAUGAAUGAAUUUUUAAGGAGAUGGCCUCUGAUGGAUAUCUGGGUCUUCAUUACUUGUUUUUGUUUUUUUUUAAUGAUGUAAUAUAGUAUCACACACAUUUGAAACCUGGAUGAUCACAGCUUUUUUGUGAGAUGUGCAGCUUGUAAAGCACUCUAUUGUUUUCUAUGUAAGGUUUCAUCACCAUAUCCAAUUUACAGUGUAUGUGCUGCUAGGGCAAGCACAGAUUUUAUUAUUGUCAUCGAGUUUAAAAUAUUUGCAUUAAACAUUUACAGUUCAAAAGCAUUUUUCUUAAUAAAUUAUCAGUUUUGUGCCUGAAAUAAGAACUUACUCUAAUCACUUUUUUUUAAUCUCAAAUUUUAUGAGGGAAAUAAUAUUUUUAAAUCACCUACAUAAUCCAAUCAGUAAAAAAAUCCGAGCUCAGAAGUCUUAAUCCUAAAUGAACUGUGUAACUGGUAUUUUCUGAAUUAAUCAGAUCAUUAACAAACUGCCAUGUCAUUCAAGUAACAACAGAAUCAUGGUCUGAGUUUAUGUGACAUCUGGAUUUGUGGCACUUGAAUCACAACACUUAUUAUCUAAACUUACAUCUAUUAGUUCAUAAAAUGAUAGUGUUUUAGUAUAUUAUCAAUAUGUAGGAUAAAAGAAAAUAAUGGUAGAUGCCUAAAUUUAACAUUAUAAUUGGAUAAGAUUUACCAUAAACUCACAAUCUUUGGAUUUUAUCACCAUACUCAGUCAUUUCAUUUUUGCAAUCCAUAGUACUCCUUCUAAUUCAACACUGUCUUCAGAAAUAAUUUAUUCCUAAGAAAAUGGUCUUUAUACCGGAAAAUAUCUACCAAACUUACAAGUAUAAAUUUUUCCAACAGAAGAAUUAUUUUUUAAUGUAACUAUAUAAAGUUUUUCUUAUGUUCUGCUAAAAAUAAAAGGUAUUUUCCUACUAAGGUAAGUGUUACAUAUUAUAAUCCUUUAUUUUCCUUUUUUUCCCCCAAAAAACAAAUUAAAAAGAAAAAUCCUACUGGUCUCCCUACCACUCAGGAUUACCAAAUCAUUUCUGCAAAUGCUAAAUUUGAAUGUAAUUGAUAGCAAAAUUUAAAGUAUCCCUUUGAGUUAGAAUCAAUAUGAAAGAUAUAGACAUUUCAGAGUUUCUAAAAGCUAUGCCUUCUAAAAAUAUAUAUCAGAUACUUUUGUAAACAGAAUUUUAAAAUGGCAUCUUGCUGACUUGACAAGGAAGGUAUAAUUAUAUCCUUUAUGUACACCUUGAGUUCCUAAGGCACUAUAAAACAAUGGACAUUUACAGAUAGUUACUUUGCCAUCUCCAUCACCACAUGGUAAGUCGACCACAAGAAGAACUACUAUAAAGUGGUCUACCUCUCACUAUAGGCAGGGAGCAUUAAAUUAAAAUUUAGCUGUUAUAGGAUGACACCAAGCCUUAAUCUCUGACUGCUCAUAGCUAGAAAUAGUCAUUUCUCAAAAGGCUCAGAGGCACUAAAUAUCACUCAAUUCAGUAGGCUGUAUCCAUACUGAAAUUAAGAUCAUGGAACGGUUUCUGGUUCUACAAUUAAGCAAGCUCAGCAUAAAUAAAUCUCUUAACUAAAAUUUUUUCAUAAUGAGUGACUCUCCAGAGAAGGUCUGGAGGCUUUAUAAAAUAUAUUCUUUUGAAUUGAGCUUACACUGGAAAAAAUACAAUGAAAACAUUAGCUUAUGGGAGAAAAACCAACUUCAAAUUCCUUUAGCUAUUUUUCUAUAAAAUACUGAAUUCAACUGAUGACAGUCUAUUGAAUAGAAAAUUGUUCUACCCUUUAACCAAUCAGAAAGAAAGCCUCCCAAAAUGACUUUACCAAGCUGAUUUAUCUGAUUCCCAUCUUAAAAUUAUGUUAUACAAUUUAUCCCUUUGGGUUGAACAAUUCCAUUACGCUUAGAGGAAUUUUAAUCCUGUUUAAGCCUGCUUUGUCUCCAAAAUGUCAAACCAGAUGGCAGAAAACUUAUCCCCUUUGAAGCUCAAUUUAUUGAUUGCCAUAUAAGCUUUACAAGUAUAAAUUAUUACUAAACACAACUUGGAAACGAUAUAACGACAUAGAAUUGUACCUUGCCAAAAGUACACAGUACCUUUCAUAACUACAACCAUCUUAAAACAUUAAUCCUAGUUACAGAUGUGAAACAGCAUGGUAAAUGUGGAGAAGUUAUCAGGAAUACCUUAGUGCUGCAAGAAGUUUCUUGAUAAACCAUACACACAAAUGCAGUUCAGUACUAAUUUGCAUCCCUACCAGUGCCAUAGUCUGCCUAGAAGAGCUUGCACCCAUUUUCUUAAAGAAAAUAAACUAAAAUAUUGCCAUAAUAUAUCAUUCCCUACUGCAGCCAGACCUGGAAGUAUCACUUUAUCAGCAGACAUUUCCAAAAAAUGAAUAUUUAUGACAAAGGUCUUGAAGACAUCUCAAGAAACAGACUGACUAAAAGAAACAUUAGCCAUUUUAAAUUUAAGCAUGUCAGAGAAAUUUAUCAUAUUGAGCUUGGUAAGACACACCCAGCUAAGCUCUUUGUAUCACUCUUUUUUUUUUUUUUUUAAGGUUAUUUUCAGAGACAGAGACAGAGCGAGACAGAAUGUGAGUGGGGGAGGGGCAGAGAGAGAGGGACACACAGAAUCUCAAGCAGGCUCCAGGCUCUGAGCUGUCAGCACAGAGCCCGACGGUGGGCCCAAACUCACAGAUGGCGAGAUCAUGACCUGAGCCAAAGUCGGAUGCCCAACUGACUGAGCCACCCAGGUGCCCCUGUAUCACUCUUAACUUCACAUGAAUUCAUAUAUAUUACCAAUAUAUAGUGUUAUGGGCUUUCCAACUAGUAAAUACUGCAUUAUUUGUUUAUUUGAAAAAUAAUUCCUGAACAAAACUGUGUGCUAGACAAUACAGUUGUCAACAAAGUCUUCAUGUGCUUAAAUUUUAGUUAGAACAGGCUGCAAUGAAAAAUAAGUUCUGAUUGUACUAGUUGUUGUGAAGGAAAUAAAUACUUUAAGUCAUAAAAGUGAGUGGAUGUUUACUAGGGCAGAGGUGGGUAGGAAGUGAUGUAAUGAGGAAUAGUGAAGAGAGAUCUCUCUUAGAAGCAGCCUACCAUGGUAAAUUCAGUCAAAGAAUGGAAUGUCACAAUCCCAUCCCCAUACAAAAUGUAACCUCUUCCUUAUGUUCCUAUUUAUCCGUAGAUCAAAUAUUUCUUAAUAUUUCUCUAUUACAGAAGGUUUUUUUGUUUUUUUUUUUUAACUCAGAGUUUAAGGAUACACUUCUGGGGAUGGAUGAACCCUGAAAACAUGUGCUAAACUUAGUGUUUAUAUGUGGCUAUACAUUCUUUCAUGUAGAGGAUUUACAACUUUCAUCAUAUUCUCAAAGAACCAUGACCCAAAAGAUCACCACUAUGUCAAUGCAAUCUAAUUUAAUCCCAAAUUUAUUAACAUCUUUAUGACAAGCACUGAAUGUCUGUUAUCUGUCUUGUAAUCCAAGAAUUUCAGCAGAGAGGAAAACUUGCUUCUAUCAACAUCCUAAUAUCAGUAUUUUUUUUUCCUCAGAACUCAAGAUUCAGUUGUUCUCUAUAAGAACUCUAAAGGGAUUUAAUAUUUUACAAAUCUUACUAUUUUUCUACAAUCCAGUCUUUAGGGCACCUUCUUGCCAGAUUCAGUGACCCAGAGUGUCUAUUAUAAGGCUCCUAUAACUAUUUGAGUCAGGAAAACAUUCUUUUUAAUUCUAACGCAGCCUCUUGGCAGCCCUGUUAGAAUCUGACUGAAAUUGAGCAGAUGUGGUGUGCUUCAUCAAAUUUAACUGCAAACUCCUCUUCUGAAAUUAGCAACGGCGGCAACACAGAAAUAGCAAAAAAGAAAGGUUCUAACACUUGCCUUGGUUCAGACGUUAUUGUAAUUGAUAUGCAUGCAAUCUACAGCUAUAAAAAAUAAAGAUUUUUUAUUAAAAAAAAAAAAACUCCAGUCACAUUUAUAAAGUCAUGACAAAUAGAAUCAGUGCCACCUCUGUCAGUGAAGUUUCUCUUCCCCUCCCCCAAGAGCUUAAGACAUUCAUUAGCUUCAACUUCAAUGUGAACCAAAAUAAUAAAAAAGUAUUUUUAUUCUCUCUCCAGUGUCUUUAUUAAACUCCAUUAGAAACUACUCUUGGAACACGAAGUAUGCGCUGAAAAAGAAACCAAACAUGUCUCUAUAUAAGUAAUGAGUUCUUAUAUUUAUAUGAUAUUUCUGCCCUUCAGGUAAAGUUUGGCCCAUCAAAGUGGCUAAAAUGUGUAAUUAAUUUGCAAUUAGCUUUUCUUGCCCUUCUUUAAAAAUGUUCACUAA